ACAUCAAGACUAGAUCGGGCUCGGAAACACUGUAUGUUUUUGUCUUACGUCAUACUAUGACGAGUUUUGACAGACGAUAAGUAAAAAUAUCGAAGAUCAUCAAGAUGCCGAAAGUGCCCCAGAUCAUUUAUGACUCUCAAGAAACCUAUGUCAGCGAAACAGAGGACAUGUCGCAAGUCAGCCAGGAUUUGUUUGGCGACAAUAAUGCCAUAAAUGGACAACAAGGUUUAAUCCCCCAAUCAGAAAAGCUACUGAAAGAUAUCUUAAAAGAACUUAAACAUCUCAGAGAGAGUAUAGAUGAACUAAAGAAAACUUCCACAAGACUGCCAGACACCAAAGAUGCACAAUUUAGGGUAGAAGACCAGAGAUUUCAUAAAGCAUAUUUCCAAUUCCUGAAGGGACAAUUCGAACUGUGCAUGUCCAUGGCUAGAUACCAAGAAUGAGGAUUUCAAGAGAGAGGUGAAGCAGUAUAUUGGGGAUCAUAACCCACAUAAAUUCAAAGUUAUGAGCAGCUACGCUUCUCACAAAUUUACCCAGCUGCGGAACCAGCUGAGAAGGAUGCUGUUCCACUCCACAAUGGAUAUCCAAGCACUCUCCCUAGAAGGCCUGUGCAACUAUUUGUACAGGCCUUUCACUCCACCAGGAGAAAGUCCUGUAGAUCAGAAGAGAAUGAGGAUGGCUGUUGCAAUUAGAGCAUUCCUAGUGAGCAAAAAGUUCCAGGAGACCUGCAAGUUCUGGGUUGAGUUUAAAGAUUUCUAUGACGCUAUUCUGGGCGACGAUCGCCAGAAUAUUUGGGAUCUUCUCCAAGAAAAAGAGGAGAAGAGAAUUAAGAGAUAUCGAGAGGAGCAGGAAAGAGAACAAUAAAAAGAAAUGUUAAUUUAACCUGAAAUAAAGAACUUGAAACCAAUAUUAACUUGUUAUUUCAAU